GGGUGUGAUCUAGGGGCAUGGCUUAUGUUCUAACCCAGUGUUUCUCAACCUUGACAAUUUUAAGGCAUGUGGACUUCAACUCCCAGAAUUCCACAGCCAGCAAUGCUGGCUGUUCUAACCUCAACAGGCUUGAACACUGGCUAAAUCUAACAGGAUGAUGGUCAGCAUUAAUAAAAGUCUUACAGUAUGUUGGAGAGCUCUAGUGUGUAGGAGUUCUGCUUUGAACUGUAAGAUGGGGGCAAAUAUAUUUAAUAAUACAGUUGAUGGCAACAUGUAUCAGUCUCCUGUCUAGAGAAUUCAGAAUCUCUUAAAGACCAACCCCCCCAUCACACCCAGAGGGAGAGCUAGCUCUGCACCCUGCAGCAGGGGCCAAUGGACACCCACCCUGCAUACCCUCCGUCCCUCUCCUGCUGCUGCAGAUGGCUCCAUCGGCUGAAAAAGACAUUGUUCUUCUUCUCAUCCAUCUGAUCUGUCCCACUGCCAUCUUCUCAUCCAUCUGCCAUCUUCGACUGCUUUUAUUGUAACGUCUUUCCUUGACUGUUGCGAGCAGCGGGCUGCACACCGUUCUCAAAAGUUAUGAUUACUGUCGCUGCCCUUCACAAAUGGGCUCAGCUCAGCGCUGCCUGGCCCGUGACGACUUAGAUCGGCCUUGGCUGCAGGACCUUGAUCCCCGCCCCCGCCUCCCCGCUGCCACGGAGAGAAGCCCAGCUCCGCGCUCUUCUCGGUCCGCUCCAGGAGGGGGCUCGGCCUUUCACGGGGACCACUGUCUGCUCUCGCUCCCCCUCCCUGCGUCCCCUCGGCUUGGGGCGAGGGGACAGGGGUGCGCCUGGCUUCUGCUCUGGGCGGAGAGAAACUCCUUGACCGCGGCUGGCAGUUGAGGGCGCUUUAGGCCGGCAGCUCGAGCGGGACGGGAAGCUCCGUGGCAAACCCUUCCCCGGAAGGACGGGGCGCCGCUUCACCCGCCGUCUGCCCCGGGCGCACGUUUCCUUACCGAGGCACCGCAACCUCCGACCGAGGGGCGGCGCGGCACGCUGCAAGAACAGCCUUCUCUGGAAGGAAGCGGAAGCGCGUCCUCGGCGGUGUGGGAGGGGGCGCGUGCUGAGCGCCCGGGAGCUUCGGGUGCGGUGAGGAGGAUGUCCGCCUCGCUGGAGCUGCGGUCACGGGAGGAGAAGGACGCCGAGCUGGACAAGCGCAUCCAGGCGCUGCGGCGCAAGAACCAGGCGCUCAUCCGGCGCUACCAGGAGAUCGAGGAGGACCGGCGCAAGGCCGAGCGGGAGGGCGUCGCGGUGACCGGAGCGCGAAAGGCCCGCUCGGCGGAGGCGGGCAGGCAGCCCGAGAGGCGGCGAGCGGAGCCGGAGGCCGUCAGGCUCGCGGGGCGGGUCCGGCCGGCGCCCGAGGACCGGCGGGCGCUCGGGAGGAAGGCCGCCGCCGUCAGGGAGACCCAGGGAGAGCCGCAGCCCGGAGGCCGGCCGCCUCGCGCUGAGGCCGGCUGGAUAGGGCUGGGCGCGGAUGGCGAGGCCGGCGGGCGACGCGGGCGAGGCAGACGGCCGCGGGGCCGAGCGGACAUGGCCGGAGGCGAUCGGCGCUCCCAGGAGUGGGAGGAGCGGCGGCGGCGGAACAUCGAGCAGAUGAACGAGGAGAUGGAGAAGAUCGCCGAGUACGAGCGCGGGCAGCGGGACGGGCUGCAAGAGAAGAACCCAGUCCGCAACUUCCUGGACGACCCGCGCCGCAGUGGCGCCUUCUCCGAGGCCGGCCGGCGGGAGGGCAGCCGCCGCCACGUCCGGAACUGGGGCGGCGCCGACUUUGAUAAGGUCAAGACGGGCCUAGAGCCAGGCAAAGAGCCGCCCUCUCUGGGCCGGGGCAGUGGUCGGUGCAGGGGCCCGAAGAUGACCUUGGAUAUGACGCUUUCCAUGACUGGCCGCGAACGGGCCGAGUAUACUCGCUGGAAGCAGGAACGGGAGCAGAUUGACCAGGAUCGCUUGGCCCGGCACCGCCAGCCCACUGGGGAGUGGCGCCGAGACUGGGAUGCCGAGAAGACAGAUCCCGCGCUGAAAGAAGGCAAGGGGCCUCGAGGCUCAUCGACUGACAAGCAGGAACCCUCCAAGCACCCUCCCAAACUACCCACUUUUGGGGAAUUCAUGGUUGGGCAGCCUGGGGACCGGCACCGGAAGAUUCGAGGCCGUGGGCACCUCCGAGGGAGUCCUCCCAAGUCCCACAGCAUGCAUGACAACCGGUGGGAAAAGGAGGAAGCAGACGGGACGUUGCCUGCAUCUGCAGGGGAGGAUAAGGCGGAGGCUGCCCCUGUGCUACAGACAGAGCCACAAAUAACCGCAGCGACAGAAGAUGAGGAAGAGGAUGAGUGGGAGGACGUCAGCGAGGAGGAGGAGGAGGAGGAGGAGGAGGAAGAAGCUGAAGCCAACAGCAGCCAGGAUUCUUCCUUGGAGGAAGAUGGGCCUCAUCCCUCCUGCUCCCCCCUGCCCCAGAGGCAGCCCAGACAACAGCCCACCGUUUGGUCUGCUUCACCUGAAGAGGCUGCAGCCAUGGAGGGGGCACCCCUGACCCCCUUGGAGCCAGCAGAGGGAUAUGAGCCUGUAUCUGACUGGGGGGAAGAGAUGGAGAUGUGUUCCCCCCGAGCCAGCCACAGCAGCCAAAGCCCGUUGGCUGCGCCCAGGGAGGAACUGCCUGUUGGGACUGCUGGAGUGGGUCCCCCAGUACCACUGGCAAUGCAGGGAUCCCUUCCUGUGGACUCCCCAGCAGGAGGGGCAGCCUCUGCUGCACCCAGAGCGUCGGAGGCAGAGAUAAAAAUGGAUGCAGAAGUGGCCGAGCCCAAGGAGGUGGCUACCCGAGCAAGGUGGAAGAUGGGGAGUAUCCAAGCCCCUCCUUGCAAAAUUGCCAUCUUCAGUCAUCUUGAGCAGAGACAUCACAACAACGCCUUGUCCUCCACCGAUUCCACUAAAUGUUACAAAAGAGCUUGUGAGUUUUAAAUCACGGAGAAAAUAAAAAAGCAUGAAAAAUAAGCAAUGAGAAAGCACCAGACAAAAUAGACAAGAGAUUCAUAGCACAAAGUUGGCUCGAAGCGGAGGUGACAGAGUUACUUGGAGAUGGAGAACUGCUGUCAAUUAAGACUGGCAUUUCUUUGGCUGGGCCCUGGUAAAGUGGUAGACGGAGCAAUUUGUCUAAGUUUGUAUAUUUAUUAAUAUUUAAAAGCUCUCCAAUAGCUGAAACUCUCUGGGCUAUUUACAAUAAAAUGCACUAAAGUGUACAUUUGAAAUAAAUACAUAUAGAAUAAAAUCAAAUAAAAUGCAGAAUGAAAACUACAUACAAAUUGGGCAGUAGCACUGUGGUCAUUCAAAAGCUAAAAGGAUGCAAAUGGAAAGGAAAUUAAGAACCAAAGUGGAAGAAAGAGGGCAACUGCACUAUAUUUUGUCUGAAAUUCUUGUAUUGUCCUGAAUUUGUACUGCUAUACAUAUCUUCUGAACUGCAAACACUUUUUGAAGGAGUGGAAUAGUGUUUCUGGAACGUAUAAUGGCAGGUUUUUUUUAAAUAGUUGGGCUUGCAAAAACACUUGAUGAGGCCAAGAAGAAGUGGAUCCUUUGCAGUCCAGCUGUUUGUGGGAGGGCAGCUGCCUUAGAGGAACAGGAUGUUCUAUGGAGCCACAAUUCAGUAUGUUUGCUUGCAUGCUGUGUCUUCUAAGAACCCUCCAAUUCUGCUUUGCCGAUCUAGAUUUAGCAUGUUAUGUGAACCCUCCUGGAUUUGUGGGAUUAAAUAUUUACUUUUGCAUUCAGCCACUAUUUCUAAAUAUUAAGAUAUGUAUACACCAGGGGUGUCAAACUCACAUCACAUGACGUGUUGCGACGUAUCGUGACUUUUCCCCCAUUGCCGGAGCUGGGGUGGGUGUGGUUUUGGCAUGACUCAUCCGGCUCGCGGGCUGGCAGUUUGACAUCCCUGGCAUGCACUGUCUCUUGCUGGGUCACUGGCUUCUUCUCAAACUAGUCUACACUUUUUAAUUGUACCUUAUUUCAGCUGAUCUUGACUUUUUUUUUAACCAUAAAAUGUUUUGGGCAUGUGUCUCCCCAUCAGCUUUAUUUCUAAUCUUCCCAAUUUGUUCUGGGUUUUACCAACUUUUUAUAACAGUUUUAGAAUAUUUUAGAAUGGUUUACCAACAACUGAAAACUCACAGUAUGGAAAGAGGUCCAAACUGGACUUAAAAAACAUUUGCCUCUUCCUGAAACAGAUAAAGUUGGCCUCCAUCUUUUGAGGGAGGGGUGUAAUAC